AUGCUCGUUUAUCAGUCAUCAUCUCAUUUCGUUGCUAAAUCGGAUAAUGCGGAUGUGGAUCAGAAAUUUUUCUCAUCUUUCUCGGAAAUGAGUGAUCGAAGUAUCAGCAUUGAAGUAACACGAGCGGAUCCUCGUGAUCGGACUCUCUCAACCGGAUCUUCUCUCGACUCGGAGAAUAGUCAUCGCUCUAAAAAUAUUCCAAUGAUUUACCAAAUGUACGAAUCUCAAUACGAAGAUCUUCGUGGUACCAUUUAUGGUCCCAGCUCACCGGAUUUCCAUCCGGUACAAGCUUCGGAAACCCUUCGUUCUUCUCUUCAUGGACUCGAAACCAAAGAUCAGACUAUCAUCAACACUGUCCUCUAUCAUAACAACUUUCAACGUCAAAAGAUCUUGGGAGCCUAUGAGGACAUGUAUAGCAGAAAACUGCUAGAAGACCUCGAAGAAGAAUGCGGUGGUUUCUUCUUUGAGAUGUGUCAAGCUCUCUUCAAACCAGCUCCGAAUUAUGACGCACAAUGCGUCUAUAAAUCUCUCUCAAAUCGUCACGGCGACCGUUCAGUUGCAAUUGAAAUCGCUUGUACUCGUUCACCACGUCAACUUCGCGCCCUUCGCGAUACGUAUCAAACGGAUUAUCGCAAAUCUCUUGAUAAGGAUAUCACAGUGAAGGUGGAGGGUGUCGUCGGAAAAAUGAUAGGUCUCUUGCUCUGCAACAAUCGGGAAGAGGGACUCGGAGUUCGUUUGAAUGAUGAGUUGGUCGACAAACAUGUUAAAAUAUUGUUGACUACAACGAUCGAUGAUAUUGCAAAAAAUGUGAACUUAUUCGAGGAACUGUUCAUCGGACAUUCCUGGAAACAUAUUGGAGCAGUUUUGGAUAAAGUGGAUGAGUCAAGGAAAGAUAUGCAAGAUAUUGAGACAGUCAUUCGACGAAACAAGAACAUUCAUUCCGAGAUUCGUUUGAUUCUUGCAACAAUCGCUCGUGUAUCACGAAACAUCCAAAUCUAUUUCGCUGAAAAACUCCGAGCAGCAAUGACCGCCGAACGUGUUGACCAGUCAACAAUCAUCAGAAUCUGCGUCAGUCGCAGUGAGAUUGACUUGCAAGACAUCUCACUUGAAUACAAACGCAAGUACCAGCGACCAUUGGAACACGACAUCUGUCAAACAACUUCUGGAGAGUACACACGAAUGAUUUGUACUCUUCUCAGCGGAUUCAAUAAUAUGGAGAACAGCUUUGCACCUACCCCGGAAUCAAUUGAAUAA